UCAAAUGUUUCAUUCUAAUAAAGCUCAACAGAUGUUAUCAAGUGUCAUAAGUAAAAAAUAUUCAAAAUUCAGUUUGAUUUCUGUGUGUGCAAUGUGGAGAUUUGUUCUGUUCGGUUUACUGAUAUCACUAUGUGAAGUUAGAUCUGAUGACCACCCCACUGGUCAUGGGGAGCCUAUAGGUAGCCAUCGCCCUCCUAUAACGUCAAUAGAAGAGAGGGAAACUUUCCCUACUCCGAAAGAAAUGUUUGAAAAUUAUGUUAAAGCCAGUAAGCCAGUUAUUUUCCGAGGCAUCUUAGAGAAAGGAAUGCUUCCUGCGUACAAACGCUGGACAGAUUCUUACUUAAGAGAACAUUUUGGUUCAGAAAAGGUCGAUGUGGAACGCGGAAAAAAGGAAGACAGAAGAGGAAAUAUGAUAAGCAUUACUAUGUCUGACUUCUUAGAUCGAUACUCAAAGGAAGACAUUUAUAUGGUUAAUGACGCCUCAGAGGAAAUGGCCAAGGAAAUCAACAUGCCCUCUAUGUUCCUGUGUGGGGGUUUCCAGAAGGUUGUCCAGAAUGUGAUCAUGUGGUUCAGUAGCGGCGGGACUAAGUCAGUACUCCACAACGAUGGCCUGGACAACGUCAACUGUCUGAUCGACGGCGAAAAGUACUUCGUCAUGAUCGAUAAGAAACAUAAAGCAGAGGUGGAGGCCGAUGGAUGGAUUGAAAAUGGAGCUUACAGCAAAGUGGAUGUAGAAAAAGUCGACCUGAACCGAUUUCCUAAAUUUCGUGAUUUACCGUGGUAUGAAAUCAAAAUGCAUAAAGGAGACUGUCUUUUCAUUCCCUACAAAUGGUACCAUCAUGUAGACUCAAAAAAGGGUAGAAACUUUGCUAUAAACAUUUGGAUUCAUCGCCUCACGAAAUUCAACGAGAGUGAUUGUACCACAACCAACCCUGACGAAAAGAGCUUCGUUUCUGUGUCUGCAUUCAGGAAAGACGCAAGCAUCACAGAUCUUAGGGACUUUUUGAUUUCUGAAGUAGAAGACUUAGAAACUAUGGACUGGCAGACGUUUAAAAACCUAAUAAAAUCGGACCAAGUUAAAAAAGAGGAAAUUAAAAAGCUAUUUAAACUGCUUGACGCUGAUGAAGAUGGAAAAAUAACAAUAUACGAAGUGGAAAUGGCGGAUUUGGAGAAGGUUUUGUUAGAGAUUCCCGCAUUACGUCAACUUAUGGAGGGGGAGGGUGGGUACGGGGAGGAAGAAGAGGAGGCGACGGACGGACAACGUCGUGUGAGGGAGGAAAUUGUGCCCCCGACUGACGACUCUAAUGUAGAGGAAGAAAUCAAAAAACGACUUGCAGAUUUCAGUGACUCCCCUAAACAAAUCUUGAAGAACAAAGAGGAACUCUGAUGUCAACAUUUAUUUACAUGCAUUUUUCUAAUACAUGUAUAUCUUCUAAAAUUGUAGGUACUUUUUUUUUGUUUAUUUUAUUUGUUAAAAUGAUUUUACGGCUAUAUACAAUUCAAUACUGAAAGAAAGCAGCGCUAGUCGAUGAUUCGGGGUAUCUGUAUAUAGUGUUUGACCUGUCUGUCUAGCGGUCUGUCUGCCCACAAAAACAUUAACCUUGUGACAAGACCUUUCUUCCUAUACCACCUUAUUUUAUCUUUUGAACAUGACCUUCGAGUUUGACCUACUUUUACAAAAAAAAAAACAAAAAACAAACUUUAACCUUGGUAAUAACUUUUGAACAGCUGGUGCUAUUGCUUUCAUACUUCACACAUGUAUUCAGGUAUUUUUCUUUUACCUUUUCACCUUGACCUUAGAGUUUGACCCAUUUUCAAGAAAAACUUUAACAAUGGCAAUACCUUUUGAUAAGAUAAUACUUGAGAUUUUAUGUUUUAUACAUGUAGGUGUAUUUCUUGUGACACAACUUCCUUUUGAUAUCAACAAUUUUGACCUUGACUUUGAAGUUUAACUUACAACAUCUAUAUACUUCUGGUAAUCUAACAACCAUGCUCUAUGAUAAACAUGAUGACUUCAACCUUCGCCAUAAGCUGCCAUACUGGGCAUUAGUGUUUCACAAACACAUCUUGUUUUCAUUUGUUUUUAAUACAGUUAUUUCGCUUUUAAAUAUCCAUAUAAAUUGUUAACUUCAAAAUGUUUUGUGUAUUAGUUCAUUAAAAUAUGUUUGCGGUC